GUUGUGGGCCACCGUACAACCCGGAAAAUAUUCUAAUUAAUUACGUUACGCAUCAUUUGAGCCGCCUCCUAACGAACGCAGUUGUCUUUGGUACCCUCACAGACGUUGAGGAUGAAUGUCGAAAUUGGCCUGAGAAUUGCAGCAUUUGCUGCUCUUACUUUUUCUUUCUGUCAUCCAUUCGAAGGAAAAAGCAGCAGAUUAGCUGCUCCUGGUAUCAAAUCUUCCGGUGAUGAGUUUGACGAGAGAGAUAAGCCUGGUCGCUUCCUUGCCAACGAACCGCUGGAUGAUGCCUUGGCGUCAAUAGGGCCUUUCCAUACUAGCGUUGGGGACAAACACGUAAACAUUAACCUGACAUGGUUUCUAUAUAUCGAUGAUCGUGACGAUAACACAAGAAAUGAUAUCGAAAUUGAAGUGGCCGCCAGUGGCCAUGGUUUUAACUGGGUUGGCAUAGGCUUUGCGAACGACGACGACACGUUUGGGGGCAACGAUUGGCUGAUUGUUUGGAAAUCGAAGACAAACAUACUUCAUCACAAGGAUUGUAACACAAUGAAAGGUGUUCUACAUUUUGAUAGGAAUCAAGACUAUGAAAUUGUCACUCCAAGGAAACUUCAUACCUUCCAUUUCACAGUGCGAAGGGCUCUUAAUACCGGUGACAAAUUUGAUGUAGAGCUUAAGUCUGGGAAGACAAAUUUCAUCUGGGCAUAUGGCAGCGCAAAGUCAUUUUCUAAAAUUAAGUCAGAAAUAAAAGAUGCAUGGAAAUCAAAUCCAAUCAUUUUCUAUAAUGAGGAUAGUAUGUCUCUGGUAUCAACAAUGAAUCCACUGGAUGGAACAAGAAGUGUACCAUUGGAGUCCAACAAGAUCAGAACAACAGCAUCACCAGAUGGUUCAUUUGGUGAUAAUGUGCACAAAGAUCUUGAGGAUGUCAACAAUAAGAUUACACCUCUUGACAAAGUUUCGGUCUCCAAACAAAGCCCAACCAAAUCUCCUUUGAAGCCAAGACAAGGUGUUGCAACUGGUGUUUUUGUUGAAUAUGGAAAAGACAAUUCAUCAAAAAUUAUAUCACCGCGAUUAAUUGGGAAAAACUGCACAAUCAUUGUGAAGAAGACAAAAACCUGGUACGAAGUUGUGAGACUGAAAGAGUACAGUGUUUACUAUGCUAUAAUUGGAUCAUCUGCAAUGCUCACUGGGAUUAUUGUCAUCAUGUUUGCCUGCUGCUGCAGUGUACCCCGCUCAUCUCGCUCGAAGUCAAAAGUCGCAUUUUACAAAGUGGAUGAUUACGAAGAUGAGCAGGUAGAAUUCCUGAAGGAUAAGGCCUAAAUACCUGACCAUAGGUGAUAUAAAGGCCAGCCAAUAACAGGGAACAACUUGCGACAGGACUUGUCAGGCUGUAGAAGUAAAGUUGACAUUGUGGUACAAUGCUAAUGUUUCUGUGAAGGAUUAAAGCCUGAACACAUUUCAUAAUAUCUCAAUCUGUAGAUUGCUCUCAGGUCUUUAGUUAUUUAACCCUCUUCAAGCUCUGCCAUAUGAUAAUUAGUGACAGGGAUUGACAGGGAAGGUAGAGUAAAGAACUCUCAUCAUGUUUUUUGUGGAGUUUUUCAAGAAAACAGCGAAAACGUUUUUCAGCAAUUCUUUUUCAAGUUUGCUCUUAACUCCAUGUUGAUAAAUCAAUUUGCUUCUCAUGAAUAUAACUGUCAGAAAUAAAAUGGAAAAUUUCACUAUAUCCUUGCUAAUUUUUUUGGUUAAAGAACAUUUGUUCCAUCAUGGUUAAAGAACAUUUGAUCUGAAUUUAUUCCAAAAAAGGAUUUGCUACUGUAGAAUCACAAAAGUUAAAAUUUUGUAGAAAGAUGAAAAUUUCCUUUUUGUGUUAUUUUGCUUGUAAAAAUUGCUUGCUUGGUGUAGCCAGUUGUUAGUGGAAGAAGACUACUAAUAUUUGAUAAUUAGAUGUCGUUUAGAUAUUUAUUUGCUUUUUUAGCUGCUGAUGCAUCAAAAUUUCAGUAAACUAUUUCAAUUUGUUUGUG